GGAGGUGGGGGCCCUGGGGGCAGAUCUGAUUGUUUUCUUGGUGGUAUAUAAGGGGUUUUAAGGAGAGUCGUGUGCCAGACACGCAGCCACUGAACCACAAGCAGCUUCGCUUUAACUGGAGUGCCCGGGAGUCGCGUGCCAGGAGCUGCACGGCCGAGGACUGACUGACAGACAGACACGCACCACCACCACAACACACGAGACCCGGGCGGAUCGCCGCGGCCUCCGGGGCUCUUGGCAAACUCGCCAGUCGGAGAGGUCCCCCGCGGAGCCGCGCCAGAUCCGCCGCUUUCACGCUAAGAGAAGGACGCAGCGCUGCGCUCCCGGCAGCGCGGAGAAUCGCAGCACACGCCAAAGUAAUAGCUUCGCCGAGACGCACUGAGGGAGCGAACUACGAUGUUUGUCAAAUCCGAGACCUUGGAGUUGAAGGAGGAAGAGGACGUGCUGGUCCUGCUCGGCUCGGCCUCCCCCGCCUCGGCUGCCCUCACCCCGCUGUCGUCCAGCGCCGACGAGGAGGAAGAGGAGGAGCUGGGCGCGUCGGGAGGGGCGCGACGGCAGCUUGGGGCCGAGGCCGGGCCCGGGGGGCUGGGCGGCCCGUCGGCCGGAGCUGAGGGCUGCCGGCCAGCGCGGCUGCUGGGUCUGGUGCAUGAAUGCAAGCGGCGCCCCUCCAGGGCGCGGGCCGUUUCCCGCGGCGCCAAGACAGCCGAGACCGUGCAGCGCAUCAAGAAGACCCGUAGACUGAAGGCCAACAACCGUGAGCGCAACCGCAUGCACAACCUCAAUGCGGCGCUGGACGCGUUGCGCGAGGUACUCCCCACGUUCCCGGAGGACGCCAAGCUUACCAAGAUCGAGACCCUGCGCUUUGCCCACAAUUAUAUCUGGGCGCUUACCGAGACCCUUCGCCUGGCGGACCACUGCGGGGGUGGCGGCGGAGGCCUGCCGGGGGCGCUCUUUUCCGAGACCGUGUUGCUGAGUCCGGGAAGCGCUAGCGCCUCCCUGAGCAGCAGCGGAGACAGUCCGUCGCCUGCCUCCACCUGGAGCUGCACCAACAGCCCGGCGCCGUCCUCCUCGGCGUCCUCCAACUCCACCUCCCCCUACAGCUGCACUUUAUCUCCUGCCAGCCCGGCUGGUUCUGACAUGGACUAUUGGCAGCCCCCACCUCCCGACAAGCACCGCUACGCACCUCACCUCCCCAUAGUCAGGGACUGUAUCUAGAACUGCCAUCCUUGCUACCCGCGCCAGGCCUUAGUGGGUUCCCUUUCCUGUCCUGGACCAAGCCCUCCCACCCCUCUCCUGUCCCCACUUCUAUGCCCUGGAAACCAUCUCAUUUCGCAGGGCAGAUGUAGCCGUUCUGACUCCUGGGUUGUUCGCUGCAUUCCUUGGCCAAGGGUUUCCUUCCGUCAGACGGUCUCUAAUUUAUUGAAGGUGUGAUGGAGCUUAUUGUCAAAGAGGAUGGUAGAGUUUGGGGGGGAGGGGGCGUUUCUUAAGGCUAAAAAGAUGCUGGGAAGCAAAGAAGGUGGCCAGUCUAAAGAGUUUGCAGAGCGGACUGACGCUCCUCCCCCUCUCUGUAACACCAGAGGGACCCGGCGCAGUGCGUGUGAAUCUCCCAGGGGGAAUGCAACUGGUUCCUCUGAUCUCUUCACCUUUGCUUCUACAUAGAGAUGUUAAUGUCGAGUAGAAAGAAAUGUAUCUUAGCAUCUGAAUGAUUUUACCGGUAAUAAUAUUAUCCACAGAUUUGCAAUGGCUGGCAUCUGCUUUAUUCCCAUUGCUGUCUGCGGGCUGUGGGAAUUUCACCUGUCAAACCAAACUUUCCCUCUCUGAUGUGCACUUUGUUCUGUUUCCCAGAUUCGUCACAAUGCCUAUUGUCCCGUCCUUCUCUUUCCUUUUUCUUCUCCAUUUUGCCAUCUGUCUCUUAUGAUUUAUAAGGGGGAAAAAAGUUGUUUUGUUAGAGGGCCAGGUUAGAAGUCAUUGUAUAAUUUGUAGGCUUUGUAAUGAUUGAAUGCAAGCGUGGAAAUUUAGGCUGAACUCUCUAUCAAAAGGAAAAAUGUGGAGGAAAAGGGAAAAAUCAGGAGGGAGGAUUGCUUCAUGCAUUAUUUAUCUCGACCUUUUAGGGGAGAAGGAACUCCCCCAGUCUUUCAAGAGAUUAAAAAUAAAUCAACAGACUGAAAACCUAAGCAGACACGGAGCAUUAUCAGGAUCAGCCACACACGUGUUCCCUUCUAUUUAUUAUAAAGAAAUUUUUCAUGGGAAAAGUAUGUAUUUUUUGUAUAUUCUACAGAGUUUAUUCUAGUAUGUAUUUACAUCUUGAACAAAAAAAAUUGUUCUUGUGAUUAAACUAUAAAUAAAAUAUAUAAUUUUCAUAA